AAAAUAGAGGAUAAGUUAAGUUUCAGAUUAGAAUUUCAUGGCAAAAUGUUAAAAUGAUGUAUUUUGUAUUGUAUUGGAUUGGUUGUGCAUAUGCUUCCCUUUUUCAUCCGUUCCCUCAUUUUCUUGCGCAGCGUUGAUGCUUAUGCUCGCCCUCUGUUUAUUAGUGUAGCCAAUCUCAGAAGCUCAAACGUGUUGCAGAAUGACCCACCUGUUCCCCUUGGUAGAUGGCAUCGUCUACUCUAAAACCUGGUGUGCCUAUUACUUUGCAAGAGCUAGAGCCCUCCUCAGAGAUCUUCAAGCAAGGGGCAUCCCUCCAGGUAACAGGAAUCCUUCACUCAUAUGAUGUCGACUCUGCGGUUGCUGUCAUUCAAGAUGGCAGUGCUAGACUGAAGAUUGAUACUCAAAACCUGAGAGACAUCAGUUUCCGCGGCAAUUCAACGUUCCAGUUCAUUGGUGAACUUCUGAUCCAGCCAAACGAAGAUGUGAUUUUACAAGCACAGGUGGGCAGGAACGUUGAUGGGCUUGACCUGAACCUUUACCAGCAGUCUUUGAUCAUCCGACGGCAACAUGAAGCCAAACUAGUGAGCUCCAGGAGGUCAUGAUCCAAAGCUGUGAACCAGGGUCAUGGCAUCAGUUCAGUUUCUCUGAAGUAUGGAGCAUGUGUCAAAAGAAUCACUUAACUCAUGAUGAUCAUGUUCUCCAGUUUGUUAAAACCUCCAAAGUGGUACUAGUACUCCCUCCGUUCCUAAAUAUAAGUUUUUUUAGAGGUUUCA